AAAGCUAAAAGUAAAGUCUUGUAACAACUCUCCAUUAUCGUCUUUCGUCUUUUUCCUAUAAAGCAUGAUGAAGCCACGUUCUUUCCCUACUUCUUGUUAUUGUCGCAGGUUCAAUGGACUUCUCUUCUUCUUGCUUUUGCCACUCCCAAAUCUCACUCAAGAUGAACUGCAGGGCACCAGCCUUGGUGUCAAAAGUCCCGCUGAAUACUGGGAGAAACCAGCCUGCCCCUCUUGCUCUUAGAGAAAUGAAGUCUGACCUUUCAAGUCAACGACUUGGUGGAUUCGCAACCAAGCUUAGCAGCAGAGGGAGUUCUCUGGGUGGAUCAAGAAUCAUUAUUCAUCUACAUCUUCAAACUCUUUCACAAAGAAAAAGCUCCAGGGUGUCUGCUUGCUGGUUGCCAAGUUCCGAAAUUGCAUCUACUGCUUUCACCGUGGGAACAGCAGCAGUUCUUCCGUUUUAUACCAUCAUGGUUGUGGCUCCUAAAGCUGAACUUACCAGAAAAGCGACGAAAAGCAGCAUACCCUAUAUUGUGCUCGGACUUCUGUACGCGUAUUUGUUAUGCCUCUCUUGGACGCCAGAUACAAUUAGGCUGAUGUUUGCUAGUAAAUACUGGCUUCCGGAGGUCUGUGGUCAACUUGGUUUGAUCACAAAGGGUUCAUUUUCAAUUGAUCCUGAUACUUUGAGUAUGAAUGGCUCAUUAUGGAUUUGUGCGACUGUUGAGGGGUAUUUGAGCACCAAAGGCUCUCUUUUGGCUGUGGCAGAUAUCUCAGAUCCCUUUGUCAAAGGGUCUAUCACUUCUUCUCGCUCUUUUUAUGCAAUAUUCAGUGGCAUGGCCAGCUUGGUUAGAAUGAUAGGAGCAAGUGAGAUCUGGCUUGUACUAUCGAUCAGUGGGGUUAGCAGUUUGCCGGUGGAGGCUGGUUCUGGAAAGUCUGGUUUUGCGGAGCUUGGUUAUUAG